AUGGCUGUCUGUGCGCUGCUAUGUCCGUUAGAAGCUGCAGAUGAGGCUGCAUACAGCAGCAGCAGGCGCAGCAGCAGCAGCAGCGUGAGCGAAGCAGAUUUGCUGCUUGAAAUGGCAAUUAUAGAGGAAGGAGGAGGAAACGAAGACAGCGAAAAAGAAGCGUGGAGAGGUCGCCGGCUAACUGCAGCAGACUUUAUUGGUGAGCACAGCGUUAUUGCUGUUCGCCGAACUUUGUACAAAUUCAAAGCGCAGCAGAGCAGCAACUUGUUUGAGCGUAUAGAAACAGCAGGAGACAGCCUCUUCAUGCCUUGCUUCAGCAGCAGCAGCAGCAGCAGCAGCAGCAGAGGAGAACAACAGCCUUAUGAACAAGGCAGUAAGGGCUCCUAUACAUUCGGCUUGCUGCAGCCAGUUACUACCGACGCGCUGCUGCUGGGUGCAGCAGCGCUGCAGCCCUUAGAGGAUUUCUUAGUGCUGCCGAAGCGUCCAUCUGCUGCGCUGCAGCUGCUAACGGAUUUGCUGCAGCUGCAGUGGGAAGAAGAGACCCAAAACGCCGCAGCAGCAGCAAUAGCAGCAGCAGAAGCAGCAGAAUCAGCAGCAGCAGCAGCAACGCUGAACACCCAACACAGCAGCGAAAUGUACGAAGAUUUCAAACCCACAUAUGCAGCAGACAACGCAGACGACCUGCAGCAGAUGCAGCAGCAGCAGCAACUGCUGUUGCUAUCUGGCGAACUGGAUGCAGCAAAUGCAUGCACCGAUGCUGACUUGGAGGGCAGCAUCAGCGGAGAAGCAGCAGCAGCAGCAGAAGUAGAGCCAGUUGCCGCGGAAGAGUUGGGGUGUACGAUGACAGCUGAAGAGGCCGAGGCAGCAGCAGCAGCAGCUGCUGCAGCUGCUGCUGCUGCUGCAGCUGCAGCAGCAGAAUUGGAGGCUUCGUUAGCUGCAAAGCGAAAGCAGUUAGGCACAGCGUUGAGGGCUUAUGCACAGCAGCAGCGGCGGCUCCGUUGGGGUGUACGUACACCUCUUGCGCAGCAGCAUGCGCUGGUGCUGCGCCCUGCAGCAGCGGCACGUGCUGCUGUUGCCGUUCCUGCUGCUGUUGCUCCUGCUCCUGCUGCGCUGCUGCAGGGGCGUCUUCUGCAUUUGGUAGAGGCUGUAGUGGGGUCGCUGGCUAACAGCAGCACGCAGCAGCAGAGCAGCAGCCUCGCAGCUGCUGCUGUUGCUGCAGCACUGCAGCAGCACAGCUACCUCGUUUCCAGCAUUGGGGCUUUGGCUGCUGCAUGCGCAGACUUGGAGUUGUGGCUCACCCGAAGCAAAUCAGCAGCAGCAGCAGCAGCAGCAGCAGCAGCAACAGCAACAGCAGCAGCAGCAGCAGCACCUGCUGCUGCUGCUGCUCCUUACCCCCCUAUUCAAGUCAUGUGUUUAGCCAUAGAAGAUGCACCUCCCAGCAGCAGCACUCCUCCCCUGCCUCCGCUCGAUCGCAGCAGCAGCAGCAGCAGCAGCAGCAGCAGCAGCAGACCGAAGAAGAUCGAGGGCAAGCCAGCAAAGGCGGCGAAGAAAACCAAAGAGAGCAUUAGCACCACCAGCAAGAGCAGCAAGAGCAGCAGCAGCAGCAGCAGUAGCAGCUUGGGGCUUCGGAGUGCAGCAAAAAAGAAAGACAAAGCAAAAGCCUCCUUACCUUCAGCUAAAAGCAGAGCGAAGGAGCAAACAAAUACACAAAAACCAAAUAAACAGGCGGCGAGCAGCAAAGACAGCAGAAAGGCGGAGCCUAAAAAGUUUGCAGCAGCUUCAUUAAAAAAAUCGCAGAAAAUAUCUACACCUAACACACGCAGCAUACAGAGAAAGACGCCUCAGAAGGUAUCAGCAGCACUAGCAGCACUAGAAAUAGAAGCAGCAGCAGGAGAAGCAGCAACAACUGCAGCUGCAACAGCAGUUAAGGAGUCUGCAGCAGCAGCAGCGGCAGCAACAGCAGCCGCAGCAGAAGCAGCAGAAGCAGCAGCAGCAACAGCAACUGCAGCAGGGGAAGCAGCAGCUGAGAUUAUUCGUGACCGGUCUCCUUCUCUUUCUGUUGAAGGAAAAGAAGAAGGCGUUCUUAGAGAAAGCGGCAGCAGCCUGAGGUGUAUAGACACCCCAACCCUCACUGCUGCACCACCGCAAGCAGCAACGAGCCCCACUGAUAUUGGAGAAGAAGGCGAGUGCUGUGGACCUGAAAUGUUUGCUGCUGCUGCUGCUUUAGCUGCAGCAGCAGCAGCAGCUGGUGCUGCUGAUGCUUAUGCUGAUGGUCCUGCUGCUGCAGCAGCAAGGGAGAAGGCAGAAGCAGAAGAUGACGCAUGCAGUCGAGGUGUACGUACACCCGAAUCAAUAAGCUCUAUACUUCGUGCAGAUUGUUUGUUUACCAAUCAGAAAGAAACAGCAGCAACGAAGCAGAUGGCUAGUGAAGCAAAUAUACAGACGCCCUACAGCCUCCCUUCUGCUCCGCAUCAAAUCAGCAGCAGCAGCAGCAGGAGCAGUAGCCUUAUCGGCAGCAGCAGCACAAACAGCAGCACCACCAGUCUCAUCAACAGCAGCAGCAGCAACAGCAGCAAGAGCAGCAGCAGCAUCUGCUCUAUGUUUGAUGCGCUUGCUUCUCUGCCUUCUAAAGAAUUUCGUCGCGCAGGAAGUUCUGGGUUGGGGGAUUUGCUGCGGAGAGACUCAGGCAAGAGACAGGGGGCAGCAGCAGCAGCAACAGCAGCAGCAGCAGGUGCUGUUGCUGCUGCACCUGCUGCUCCGUCUCACGCAAUCAACAGCAGCAAAAAGCCCCUAAGGGGACAGCCAGAGCGUCUCACCCGCAACAGGAUGAAACAAACACUCAGCAGCAGCAGCAGCAGCAGCAGUGCCGGCCGUAUGGGCGCAGUGCUGACGGGCCGCCGAGGCCGCGUAGCUUCCUGA